CGCAGUCGCCGCCCUCCUCACCGGGCGUGGCGCAGGCAAGCUUCGGGAGCCGAGAGGACCAGGUAUAGAGAAUAUCCAGGUAGUGGCUGCAGUUCCACCUCUGGUCUGGUUACCAUGUAUCAUGGGCGAAGCACUGGUAAAGGACCCACCACUCCCACGCAGAUUUACCAGCAACCUCCAAGGCUUCUCAUUGUGCACAUUGCUCUACCAGCCUGGGCUGACACCUGCUCCAACCUCUGUGAGGCUCUGCAGAACUUUUUCUCUCUAGCUUGCAGCUUGAUGGGCCCCAGUCGCAUGUCCCUCUUCAGCUUAUACGUGGUACAAAAUCAGCACGAGUGUAUCCUUCCCUUUGUGCAAGUGAAAGGGAACUUUGUUAGGCUGAAGGCCUGCAUCUCAGAACUCCGCAUGUUGCAGAGAGAAGGCUGUUUCAGGCCACAUAGCACUUCCCUGCACCUGGCAGUACAGGAUGGCCUUCAGCAGUUCAAACAGUACAGCAGACACGUGACCACAGGUGCAUCUCUGAGCUUCACUUCCCUGGAGAUUACUGUUCUGACUUCCCAGCCUGGAAAGGAGGUGGUCAAACAAUUGGAGGAAGGAUUGAAAGAUACAGACCUAGUCAGGGUCAGGAGACUUCAGGUGGUUGAAAUCACUAAGGGAGACCUAGAGUAUAUGGACUCAGUAUCCCCUGCUGAAGAGCUUGGCAGCGAUGAGAGUUCUAUCCUGGGAACUGACAUUGACCUUCAAACUAUAGACAACGAUGUUGUCAGCAUGGAGAUUUUCUUCAAAGCCUGGUUACAUAACAGUGGAACAGACCAAGAACAUAUCCAUCUUCUUCUUCCUUCACGGUGUUUCAGCAACAUUUCCAAAGCCAGAGAUGAUUCAAUGUGCCUGAAAUGUGAUCUCCAAGAACGACUCCUCAGCCCAUCCCUGCUCCCUGGCACAGCUGAUGGCUCCUUGAGAAUGGAUGACCCCAAAGGAGACUUCAGCACACUCUACCAGAUGGCCUCCCAGUCGUCAGCCUCUCGUUACAAGCUCCGGGUGAUCAAGGCUCUAAAUUCCAGUGGGAUCUGCGAGUCAUUGACAUAUGGACUGCCCUUCAUCCUCAGACCCACAAGUUGUUGGCAGCUGGACUGGGAUGAGCUGGAGACAAAUCAGCAACACUUCCAUGCCUUGUGUCACAGCCUGCUGAAAAGAGAAUGGCUGCUCUUGGCCAAAGGGGAGCCCCUGAGUGGAGGACACAGCCCAAGGCAGCCUGCCAGCACCUUCUAUGUGAUUGUGCCAUCACGCUCCCCCACUCUGCUGGUGAAGGCAGUGGCCACACGGGAACUGAUGCUGCCCAGCCCCUUCCCGCGGCUGCCUGAGGACCCACCUGAUGACAGCCUUAAGAUUGUGGAGAGCUUGCUGGACAGCCUGGAACUAGAGCCCUCUUACAACCCCUUGCAGGCUUGGAGCCAUCUGUACUCACACCUGAGCAGCACCUUCAUCAAGCCUCAGGGCCGGCUCCACCCAAGCUGGGAGAGCCAGGCCCUGAGAAAGCGUCCCUGCAAGGCUGGGCAGUUACAGACAAACCGAGUUCGAGCCACAGUGGCCCCUCUGCCUAUGACUCCAACCCCUGGGAGAGCCCCCCAGAUGCCAGCAGCCAGCAAGUCUUCCUCAGAAGCCUUCUUCUGGCCUUCUAAGGAGGAAGCGGGGAAAGAGAAUGAGGAGGAGUAUUCCUGGGGACCCUGAGUCCCCAGCACCAGAACCCCCCUGCCCUGCUCAACCACAGCCAUACGAAGGCUCAUACAGUGAAUGGCUUUCUGUGGUCAGACUUGCUUUCUGUCCACUUGAGCCUCCGUGAACUCCAGAUGUCUGGGAAACAGAGCCUUCCCCUCCUCUGUCUUCAGUGCUGCCACCAGCCCCGCCCCACCACUCAGGCCCAGAAGAGACACACCUGAACUUUAUCCUUCUCCAAGCAGGAGUUCAUUUUCUUUUGGAUCAUUUGAUACCUUUAACGCAGAUGAAGAUUAAAUACCCAGUAAGUCUCCACCAUUGUUAGGAGCAUUCCCAGCCCCAAAUUUCUCCUUGUAAUUCCCUGUGAGCAAGUAGAUGAGGUCAGGUCAACGUCAGGAAACUGGAGCUCAGGAGGCAAGGACAAGGUUUUCAGAGCUCAUGAAAAAUAAGUACAAUUGAAAUUUAAGCCUCAUUCUGAAGCCUGUGCUCUUCCCACUACACCCACCACAUAGCAGUUCCCUUCAACCUUCAAAGAGAAAAAUGGUUGGUGCUUGAGUACUUAUAGGUAAAGUGUGUGUGCGUGUGUGCAUAAUUAUAUGAGCGCAUGUGUGUGUAUUUUUGUGUGUUGGGGCAGGUGGUGUCAUAUAGCUGAGAACAGGAGGGAAAGAUGGUGUGAAAAAGAGCUAUUCCCUUCCUAUUCUCCUCUCUCCAUGCCUGUCCACCUUUCUGUUGACCCUCCCCAUCCAUGGAAUAACCACUGUUUAUAAAAUGCUUAAUCUGUGCUUCAGACUGCACUAAGUACUUGAGAAACUUAACUCCUUUCACACAAACAAUGUUCUGAAGUAGAGUCUGUUGUUGGAUUUCCCAUUUUACAGAGGGGCAUUGAGAGAAACUGAGGGUGAGAGAUGUUAUACAACUCACCCAGCACCCCAGAAACAGACUCUAGCCCAAGUGGGCCUGACUGGACCACCCAGGCUCUCACCCACCA